GAUACGUUACUCUAAUAUGUUUGGUAUUAUUGCAAUCGUGGUCAUAUAAGAAGACAAAAGACAGAGAUAGUAUAUUUAUAUGUACAGAAAGUUUUUCAUUUACAUCCUGUGUAAAAAUAGUAAAUGAAGACUAAUCUUGAAAAGACGACGAUUGGUUAUCGUAUCAGAAAUUUUGGUAGUGAGUGUUCUGUGAUAACGUAGUGCGAAUUGAAGAAUGGAAAAAAGCAAAGUGUGAUUCUUCAUUCAUUUUUGUCAGCCUGACAUUUUUAAUUUGAGUAAAAACGGAUUAUCGUAACCGACAAACUGAAGGCGUCUGCAUCUCGGUCUCUCCUAUAAUGGAUCGUGACUCGCGUUCGUAUUCCUGCGGAGGCUGCGAGAGGACCGAGGUCCGAGCUAUGCCGAUGGAGUAACAAGUGAGCGGCGAAGCGGCGUUGCCAUGACGACAGAGACUCACACUGUGGCGAUGACAGACCCACAGUUGGCAAAUAACAACAAUAACAACAACAACAACAAUAAUAAUAAUAACAAUAACAACAAUAACGAUGGCGAGCCAAAGUACCUGCACAAGAAGUUCAAAAAAAUCGCGACGACUGAGGUUACAUCGAGGGUGGAGCCAAAGAAGGACGCUGUGGUCAACAACGGUUCUCCAGAGCCAGCCAAGAGAAAGGACUUGGAGAAAGAUUCUAGAGAAUCGCCGAAAGACUCGAUCAAGAUCGAGAUCUCCCCAGAACCAGUGGAUGGAGAACCGACCGAAUCGAGAAAAAAUGGCUAUGUGUGUCCUUAUUGCAGACUAUCGUGCGCGAAACCUAGUGUUCUGCAAAAACACAUCAGAGCUCACACAAAUGAAAGGCCGUACCCUUGUGUGCCUUGCGGAUUCGCGUUCAAGACUAAAUCGAAUCUUUACAAGCACUGUAGAUCCCGCGCUCACGCCCUCAAGAUGGAAGGUGGUGAUGCCAGCAAGGUAUCGGAGGAUUCGGAUAUAAGUUUGUCCGAUAGCGCGAGCAACGGUACUGGCACACCACCUCCUCCUCCGUCAUCGACACCUACGAUGACCGUGACUAAUGUGAAAACAAUUAAAACCGGAAAAAUUUACAAGCCAAAAUUUCACACGGCCCUUCAGUGUGCCAAUAACGAUAUCGAAACGUCUUCCCUCUCCUCCACUUCUUCCACGAACAGUUCUUCCUCGACGAUAGCUAUAACCAUGCCGAAACCGAAUCCGGAACAAGUCCAGGAACACAUCGAUAAAAUUAUCACGGAUAAUCAGACGAUCGUCGUCGCAGUGGAUCCGCGAUUACACAAACUGGUUCAAAGACAGCAGAGUCUCGUGGAGACAAAACAAUCUGUCGAUCAACCAUUGAAUCUCUCCUCCGCAAAGGAAUCUUCGAGGAAACGAUGCUAUAGCGAGAGCUUCGUUCAGGAAAGCAAGGAUUGUCCGAAUGAUUCGGAGGGCAAUUCCAUAAUUAAGGAUCUCCUGCUGAAAAAUCAAAACUCGUGUCAAGAGAGAACAGCGGAGAACGAAAAUUAUUUUUGCCCCUCUUGCGACAUCCCUUAUUCGGGUAUCGAUGUUCUCGACGUUCAUCACAGGUACUAUUGGAACGGUAGUGCGAGUCCCCGAAGAGAGUAUCAACUGGAGAUCGAGAAAGGGGAAUCCGAUUUCGAUUCAAAGUCUUCCGAUUAUUACAACUUGCAACCUCUUCCUUCUCCUGGUCCCCUUCUGGGUAAUACAAGACUAGUCGACACGUACGUGCCACCUGUGAAGAAACAGAGGCCGGAAUCCGUACCAACUACAUUGCGAUCUCUCGAGGAGCUGAGCAAAUAUCCACGGCCAAACUCGUUACAGAUGUUUGGGGGUGAGGUGAGAAUACUGGACAACACUGGCGAGACCAAAACGAUGAGGAUCGAGCCACGUCAAACUAAUUCUCCAACAAAUGAGCAAGCCGUAAACAGUAAAUGCGUCACUUCGGAGACUGCUUCGAUCGUGGUCAGAUCUGGUCUCCAUUCGGGUGGCACGAUGGUGUACAAACCACCGGGCACGCCGGCCAGCAUCCCGAGUUCCUCCAUAUCUUUGCCCAACAUGCCGAAAAUGUUGGCGCCGAUCAUACCAAACAUAUCAACUCCGAAUAUGCCGAGUAUACCUUCCGUAGAUUUAAUCGCGAAAACGGACAAAGUUGAAGCGAAGUUGACAAAAAAUGGUGACGUGCCGCUUAAGGAAGAAACAAAACCGAACAAAUUUUUGAGACCAACUUCGUUACCGUUGAAACCUGGUACGUUCACGCCUAAGAAGCAUCACGGUAUCACUCCAACGGCGAAUACGCUUCCGCUCAUAAGCCCGGAAACCCCGCGGCCGAAGAAAUCCUACGGGCAGCUUUACUUGAACGGGCACGCUUAUACAUAUCUUGGCCUGAAAUGUUCGACUAGGGUGUUUUAUUGCACUCUGAACAGACCCCAGCCGAUGUAUGUCACGCAACAACACGGUUUAUCUAUGUACUCGAAUUGGGAGAUAUGCAAAGAAGCGCCACCUGAUGUUGAUAUGGCGCAUUACGAUUCGAGGCACAGACCGCUUAAUUAUACAACUGCGUGGAAAAAACAGGAGGAUAUUUUGACACAUUCCUCGCAUAGGCCGACCACGCCGACUAGUUCGGACAGUGAUAUGCAAGAUAAAGCGAAGAGAGUGAAGAUAUUCGAUGGGGGCUUCGAAAGCAAUGAAGAUUAUACGUACGUUAGAGGUAGAGGUCGAGGUCGCUAUGUUUGUGAAGAAUGUGGCAUACGUUGUAAAAAACCAUCCAUGUUAAAGAAACAUAUCAGAACACAUACGGACGUAAGGCCAUACACGUGUAAACAUUGUGCUUUUAGCUUUAAAACCAAAGGCAAUCUCACGAAGCAUAUGAAGUCGAAAGCUCAUUACAAAAAAUGCGUGGAAUUAGGCGUUGUCCCAGUACCUACAGCAGUCUGCGAUGAAAACAUCGAUAAAGACGCUAUAGCCCGGUUAGCAGCAGGUGGCAAUAUCGAGGAGUCCUCGGAGGAAGAGGAAGAGAGCGAAGGAGAGGAGAGCGAGGAAUCGAGGAGCGAGGAGCAAGAAGCUGCACAGAGUUUGCUAAGUCUGUCGCAACGUAAUACGAAUAGAUAUCCAGGAUUAUUACCAUUUGGACGACCUACGACUUAUCCUUACACUCUCACCUUCCCGACAACUUCCACAUUCGCAAGCGUAUCCACCACGAUAAGCAACAAUACUUGUCUGACUAGCCAAUCUGUCACUAUGCAAAAAACCACUCUCGUUCGAAACGAAUUGUCCCAACGCUACUAUUUUUCGAGUCGAAUCGGGCCCGAAGACUCGAGGACGAGCGUAAUCCAAUCAUCGAAGAAAGAAGAAUGCCCUGAUGUCGAAGUGAACGAGAUCGUCGAUAUCGAUUCAGCAAAUAGUUUGCCGCAGCCCAUAGAUCUGACAACGAAGCCAGCCUUGCAAACAUUGCCCUCUUCCAUACCGCAAAGAGCCAGACCAGCAGACAUUUUAACUCCCGUUUCGGAACCGGUCUUGUUACAAACGAUCGUUCAAACUAUGGAAAGACUGCCGAUACAGGGGAGAGAGUGGAAACCGGAUGCCGAGGGACACAUGUUGCAAGCGUAUCUCACUGAAAGGCAUGUUAUGGAUAGCAAGAUUAAACAACAGUAUCGGGUGGGGAACAUUAAGAAACAAGUGAAGGAGAGGGAUAUUUAUCCGCAACAAAACUCUCCGAAAUCGAGAAGCAUUGAAUUAAUGGAAAGUAUUCCAGCAACGACUUAUACAGAUUCCACCAAGAUGCAAAUGCAGGCAGUGAUAGAUUCCAGAAUCAAGCAUACAUCGAAACAUACCGCGGAAAAUAUCGGUUUAACGAGUCCUGUCAAUUCGAAAUUGAAUCACGACAUACGUUUGAGCCAAGAUAUGCCUUCCUCGAAUAACAUGGAGACUGCCAGACCAGUCAACAUAGAUAACAGACCUCCGAGCAGAGAUAUGAUUUUAUUGUCGGAUAACAGACACCAUGCCCAAUCUCAAGAAUCGAGAGUUAAUUUUGAAAAGUUGCCAUUAAUGAUGCACGAAUCCUCUAAAAUACAUGAAGUCUCGAGACCGCAGAACAUUGAUAUGAGAAACAUGGAUCGUAUUGAAAUGAAUCAUACGGAUAUAACGAAACAAAGCAUUGCGGAAAGUAUUAAACAUACAGUUGCGCGGAAAAUGGUUGUUGGAGGGCCAGGCUUCAGAUCACCCUUUCCUAAUGCAUCAACCACCAAACCACAAGCUGAAUUCUUGCAGCCUUCGAAUGGACCUGCCCCUAAUUACGUCAGUUACAGUGUGACUGAGGAUGGAAGAAGCGUGUGCGGAAUUUGUAAUAAGGUGUUCAGCAAACCUAGUCAGUUACGGUUGCAUAUCAACAUUCAUUACUUCGAGAGACCAUUUAGAUGUGAAAGUUGCGCUGUCUCUUUUCGAACCAAGGGUCAUUUGACAAAACAUGAGAGAUCUGUUUCUCACCAUAAUAAGGUUAGUAUGACUUCUACAUUCGGAGCUGCAACUACCAGCAAUCCUAGACCAUUCAAAUGUACUGACUGUAAAAUAGCAUUCAGAAUACACGGUCACUUAGCAAAACAUCUUCGUAGCAAAAUGCAUAUUAUGAAAUUAGAAUGUUUAGGAAAAUUACCGUUCGGAACAUAUGCUGAAAUGGAAAGAUCUGGUAUCAAUUUAAAUGAUAUUGAUACUACUGACUGUGAUAAUAGUCUUACUAGUCUUCAGAUGCUGGCUCAAAGACUUUGUGAAAAAGAUCCUACUAAAAUUGGACAAUGGGAUCCUGAAACAAUUCCAAGUCAAAUGAUCAGCGGUGGUGAAACUUCAUCGGACGAGGGUGAGCCUGUGCCACAACACAUGAUGCAUCCAGAUCCUGUGAAAGUGACAGACGCGGACAUGUCUCGAUAGUAUCAUGUGCCAAUCUCGAAAGAAGAUUCGAAAUUUGAUAUUCGCCAUACAAAUCUUCAGUUUAGUUAACAGAGACGCGAGUACGGUAUGAAAGGCUAAAUCAAUCUACAUUUCUCAUGAUAUGAGAACAGAACGAAAUCAUGCAAUCAUACAAGUGCCAACUUUAUACGGUGUCUUGCGUAUUAUGAAAAAGUUAAAAGUACAUUUGCUUUGUUGAACAUAAUAUCAAAUCAGAUUCUAGUACAAAUAUCCAAGGGAGUAGAAACAAAACUUUGGACAAGUGUAGAGACAAGAAAGAAUACUCAAAAAAGAACUAUGAAGAAAUUUGUAGUCAAGAAAGA